AUGGGACGUGAGGAGCAAGGAAGGACUUGGUGCAUGGACGCAGCUCAACUGGAUACGCAAAGGAAGAAGGAGGAAGCCAUCUUGAAGACCAGCUCGACCACCACUCGACCACCGGUCGAGUUCGCCAAGCUUCAACUCGAUCGAGCUGAGAAGUCAAAGUCAAACCCGAAAAAUGUUGCUUCCCCCUUGACUUCCUUUGACCCUAAACCUAAAUCCUCUUAGUUCAUCGGAGAAUCGCCAAAACUCCAAGCUUUCGAGGUGUUGAAGAACAACUUCAUGUUACCAUUGCCGGUGAAUCUUGGAUGUAAUGAGAAUCCCAAAAACCUUGAUGUCUCUGAUAAUCAUCUAACCGAACUUAUCCCCAUCGCUUUGGCAGAGGAGGAAAGCUGGAGAUGUUUGUAA